AUGGCAACUUCAGCUAGCAGAGGAGCACAAACCAUGAAUUCUGUCUAUCUCAAGCCGAUGUUGCGAAAAGCUUAUCACAGAAAGAGUGGAGAAAAAGUAAGCGACGGCCUGAAAAAGAACGAGGAUCGAAAGAUGAAGGACGGGAAUUGGUGGAUUCGAGAUGACCGGACCGGAAUAUUCUACCCCAAAGGCCAAGAAAAGGUGAUGGAAGAUGUGCCGCUACAUGCUGGGAGGGAUUUUGGAGUGAACUGGCUUUCCAACUCUAGUCACACUGCUCGUUUUUAA